AUGCUCGCCGCUGGGCGCGUACCGCGCAUCUCGCGGCCAGCGCUAUGCGCCCAGCGGAAUGCUCACCGCUGGGCGCAUUGCGCCUCUCUCGCAACCAGCUAUGCGCCAAGCUAUGCGCAUUCCGCUGGGCGCAUUGCGCCUCUCUCGCGGCCAGCAAUGCGCUCAGCGGAUUGCGCAUUCCGCUGGGCGCAUUGCGCCUCUCUCGCGGCCAGCAAUGCGCUCAGCGGAUUGUGCAUCUGCUGGGCGCAUUGCGCCUCUCUCGCGGCCAGCAAUGCGCUCAGCGGAUUGCGCAUUCCGCUGGGCGCAUUGCGCCUCUCUCGCGGCCAGCAAUGCGCUCAGCGGAUUGCGCAUUCCGCUGGGCGCAUUGCGCCUCUCUCGCGGCCAGCAAUGCGCUCAGCGGAUUGCGCAUUCCGCUGGGCGCAUUGCGCCUCUCUCGCGGCCAGCAAUGCGCUCAGCGGAUUGCGCAUUCCGCUGGGCGCAUUCGCCUCUCUUGCGGCCAGCAAUGCGCUCAGCGGAUUGCUCACUGCUGGGCGCAUUGCGCCUCUCUCGCGGCCAGCAAUGCGCUCAGCAAAUUGCUCACCGCUGGGCGCAUUGCGCCUCUCCCUCCAGCGCUAUUCGCCCUGCGGAAUCCUGACUCCUGGGCGCAUAGCUGCUCUCUCGCGGCCAGCGCUAUGCGCUCAGCGGCUCGACGACCGAGUGAGGCUCGGGUGGAAGCUGACAGCGAUAGAGAAGCGGCCAGGUGGCAGCGGCUUCCUGCUGUCCUACAACACUCCCGAGGGCGCAAAGCAGCUCCCUGCACGCUCCCUGCUGCUCACCGUGCCCUCAUACGUUGCUGCUGACCUCCUCAAGCCCUACUCGGCAGCAGCAGCAGCCGCCCUCUCAGCCUUCUACUACCCACCCGUGGCAGCAGUGACAAUCUCGUACCCCAAAGAGGCCAUUCGAGAGGACAGGCUCGUGGGCGGCGAGCUCAAGGGCUUUGGGCAGCUGCACCCGCGCACCCAGGGGGAUUGUCACUUUGGGCACCAUCUACAGCUUGGUGCUCUUUCCCAACCAGGCUCCGGACGGCCGUGUGCUGCUGCUGUGCUACAUUGGGGGGGCUUUGAGACCUCUACUGUGGGAAUUAUGUCUCGCAUCCUGCGUUCGAGGGUCCUUCAACACCGUAUGGAUGAUGCAGUCAACAUCUACCUAGGGAAGGUCUACACUACUGCAAGCGUGGCGAGGGAGGAUGUGUUGUUGUUCUGUCAGCAGCAUAUGAUUGUGCCGCGCUUUCUUUAUUGCCGCCCAAACCUGAUUGUGUUGCAGUGUAACACAGUGCACCGCCUUCCGACUGUGUCGUUGCACAGUGAGGAUGGGCUGUGCUCAUUUCGUAUUGUCAUAAGGGGAGUUGGUAGCGGCAGCCUCGAGGCCCUCCCAUUCCCUGUGGCCCUCCUAAUGUCUGUGGCUCUCUCAUUCUCUGCCGCCCAACCAUUCCCUGCUGCCCGCCCUGUCCCUGCUGCCCUCCCAUCCCCUGCUGCCCGGCCAAACCCUGCUGCCCGCCCCUUCCCUGUGGCCCUUCCCUUCCCUGUGGCCCUCCCCUUCCCUGUGGCCCUCCCCUUCCCUGUGGCCCUCCCCUUCCCUGUGGCCCGCCCCUUCCUUGUGGCCCUCCCAUUCCCUGUGGCCCUCCCAUUCCCUGUGGCCCUCCCAUUCCCUGUGGCCCCCCCAUUCCCUCCUGCCAACCCAUUCCCUGUGGCCCUUCUAUUCCCUGCUGCCAACCCAUUCCCAGUGGUCCCCUCAGUCCCUGCUGCACGCCCAUUCCAUGCUGGUGGCCCAUUACCUGCUGCCCACCCAUUCCUUGUGGCCCACCCAAUGUCUGCGGCCCGCCCAUUCCCGGCUGCCCACCCAUACCCUGCUGCCCUACCAUUCCCAACCCUAGCAUCCCUCCCAACCCCUGCUGCCCUCCCGUGUCCUGCUGCCCUUCCGUUUCCUGCUGCCCUCCUGUUCCUUGCUGCGGAGGCGUUCCAUGCUGCCCUUGCAUUCCCGGCUGCCCUUCCAACCCUUGAAGCCCUCCCGUUUCCUGCUGCCCAUCCCUCCCUUGCUGCCCUCCCCUUCCUUGCCUCCCUCCUCUCCCUUGCUGCCCUCCCCUUCCUUGCCUCCCUCCUCUCCCUUGCUGCCCUCCCCUUCCUUGCCUCCCACUUCUCCCUUGCUGCCCUCCCCUUCUUUGCCGCCCUCCCCUCUCAGUACCUUCCAAACAAUCAGCGCCUCCACCUUCUUCUGUGGAAGACACCACCCCGGACGUGCCUCUACCUCUCCCUCCACCCCUUCCCUGUUGACUUCUACCUCGACCACGCCCUUCCUCCGAAUGCCCCACAUGCACAUCGUCAUCGCCUACGCCACCCCCCCUCGGAGUUCCCUCACCUGCACUACUACCUUGCGCACCGCCCAAGUGCAAUGCUUCGGAACCGGCCCCCAACUCAUCCGUCGCUGUUUCGGGAGGGAGAUCCCCGGCAGGUACAGGCACCCUCCCAAAUAUUUCCGUCAACACAGAAUCUGCCGGUGUGCUCCCAUUCUCCUCUCCAUCCCCCUCAUCUUCCCCGCUGCCCGACUCCUCGUCCGGUUCGCUCUCAUCGUCACUCUCACCAGUGCCCGUAUUGUUUGGCACAAUAUCCCUCCCUCUAUCGAUCUGACCCCCUCCUUCCCUGCCUCCCUUUCCAUUGUUGCCCUCCUAUGCCCUUCCUUGCUGCCCCCCAUAACCCUGCUGCCCCCCAUAACCCUGCUGCCCCCCAUAACCCUGCUGCCCCCCAUAACCCUGCUGCCCCCCAUAACCCUGCUGCCCCCCAUAACCCUGCUGCCCCCCAUAACCCUGCUGCCCCCCAUAACCCUGCUGCCCCCCAUAACCCUGCUGCCCCCCAUAACCCUGCUGCCCCCCAUAACCCUGCUGCCCCCCAUAACCCUGCUGCCCCCCAUAACCCUGCUGCCCCCCAUAACCCUGCUACCCCCCAUAACCCUACUGCCCCCCAUAACCCUGCUGCCCCCCAUAACCCUGCUGCCCCCCAUAACCCUGCUGCCCCCCAUAACCCUGCUGCCCCCCAUAACCCUGCUGCCCCCCAUAACCCUGCUGCCCCCCAUAACCCUGCUGCCCCCCAUAACCCUGCUGCCCCCCAUAACCCUGCUGCCCCCCAUAACCCUGCUGCCCCCCAUAACCCUGCUGCCCCCCAUAACCCUGCUGCCCCCCAUAACCCUGCUGCCCCCCAUAACCCUGCUGCCCCCCAUAACCCUGCUGCCCCCCAUAACCCUGCUGCCCCCCAUAACCCUGCUGCCCCCCAUAACCCUGCUGCCCCCCAUAACCCUGCUGCCCCCCAUAACCCUGCUGCCCCCCAUAACCCUGCUGCCCCCCAUAACCCUGCUGCCCCCCAUAACCCUGCUGCCCCCCAUAACCCUGCUGCCCCCCAUAACCCUGCUGCCCCCCAUAACCCUGCUGCCCCCCAUAACCCUGCUGCCCCCCAUAACCCUGCUGCCCCCCAUAACCCUGCUGCCCCCCAUAACCCUGCUGCCCCCCAUAACCCUGCUGCCCCCCAUAACCCUGCUGCCCCCCAUAACCCUGCUGCCCCCCAUAACCCUGCUGCCCCCCAUAACCCUGCUGCCCCCCAUAACCCUGCUGCCCCCCAUAACCCUGCUGCCCCCCAUAACCCUGCUGCCCCCCAUAACCCUGCUGCCCCCCAUAACCCUGCUGCCCCCCAUAACCCUGCUGCCCCCCAUAACCCUGCUGCCCCCCAUAACCCUGCUGCCCCCCAUAACCCUGCUGCCCCCCAUAACCCUGCUGCCCCCCAUAACCCUGCUGCCCCCCAUAACCCUGCUGCCCCCCAUAACCCUGCUGCCCCCAUCUCCCUUGAUGCCCUGCAAGCUCCCCCUCCCCCCGCCCCCAUGCUGUCUUCACAUUCCCUGGUGCUCCCCAAACCUUGUUGCCCCCAUUCCCUUGCUCCCUGCCCUACUUAUUGCACCCCUUGCCCUUGCAGGGCUCCCAUGUCUUACCUGGUGUAA